UUCCCCCGGAUUUGUACUAGAAUUCACUCAGUUGUCUUCUUAUUCUAUGUAUCAUAUUCCUCCUGCUUCAUCUUCGGAUCUUCAAGCUUCAUCACAUCUUCCCAAAAUGCUAACUGCUACUCAUGAAAAGUCUCUCCAAAUCAAACAAGAUGACAAAUUUUUCACCAGGAUUAUGUCCAAAGAAGCCUCCGUCGCCAACUCUUCUUCCAUGAUUUACUACGGAGGAGCUUCUCGUUCUGUUCCAUUCAUGUGGGAGUCUCAGCCGGGAACUCCCAAACACCAGUUCAGCGACACUGCUCUCCCGCCGCUCACUCCUCCGCCUUCUUAUCACUCAAACUCUAAAAUGAUCCUUCAGAAAAAGGUAAACAAGCCAAAGCCUUUGAACGCGAUCUGCCCCUCCAGGUUCACCAAGAACAGCCACGUGUCACCUAAUUCGUUGUCUUCUUGGUCAUGCGCGUCGUUUUCUUCUUCAUCCUCGUGGUCGUCUUCAAGAUCAAUCAACUCCAACUUUCAGAGAAGAUGCAUUUCAUGUUCGUCUAGAACACGUAUGCAUUAUAAUAUGGAUGAUCAGGAGGAUCAUCAAGGCCAAGGAUCCCCUACUUCUACAUUGUGUUUUGGUGGUGCCAAAGCUAAGAGUUCUAAUGGUGGUCGAGCUCGCUACUCUCUGGCGAAUAUGAAGAAUGCUUUCUUCUCCAUUGUAGUCAGCCAUGGAUCAAAUCAUCAAGGUAGUGCUUGAUUAAUUAGAGAGAUGAAGUAGAAGCUUUGAUUUGCAAUGUUGAACACCAAAUUUCAUGAUAAUUAAGCAUUGAGACUUCCAGCAA